AUGGCGGCGGGCAGGUUCAUGCAGGUCGGAGGGUUCGGGAAGGACUAUAUGGGUCGGCAGGAGGAGGAGCAGGUGCGGUUAUUGGCGAACGAGACUGGCGGUUUGCGGUCCACCAGCAAGGACAAGGGAAAGGAGAAGGAGUGCUUGCUGUUCCCCUGGCGGGAAGGGUGCGACAUUACCCCUGCGAAAGACCCACGAGAUCCGUUCGAGGGUCUCGAGUUCCAAGAAGAGGGCGGCCAUCUCUACUAUCCUGCCGUUCCCGCACCACGGAAACCUCGACGACCCGGCGAGCGACCACGACCACCCGAUUCGCAGCCCGUCGACCCCUCUCAGCAGCCUCAUCCCAUCCACUACCUCAUCCAGCAAGCGAAGGAGGACUGGAGUGCCAAGUUGCACCGCCAGUCCAAGACACUCGACGAAGCUGUCGUCGAGUACGAGCGGCGGUACAAGCGGCGACCGCCCAGAGGCUUCGACGAGUGGUUUGCGUUCGCCAAGAAGAACGACUUUGUCAUGGUGGACGAGUUCGACCUCGUCAUGCGGCAGGUCGAGCCGUUCCUCGCUCUUCAGCCGUCGCUACUGCGGGAGCGGCACGAGAAGCUGCAGUUUGAGGAAGACUUCUGGAUGCAGGACAAGGCGUAUACCAUUGAGUUGAAGAAGCCCAUCGAUGUGCGACACACUCGCCCCCAGAUGACGGUCUACGGCCCAAUGAAGACGACGAACGACCGGUCUGACCAGACGCUCAAGCUGCUCGAGAAUAUCGCUGAAUUCCUCCCCGAGAUGAACCUGACCAUUACCGGCCACGACACGCCUUGGGUGACGAUGAGCGGUGAGGCGCGCGUCAAGCAUGUCGAGGCAGCGAGAGCGGGCAAGUUUCUGACCGCAGAAGAAGCGAACGACUUCAUGGACAACUGGGCCUGGGACGGCUGGGCGCAGAUCUGUCCGCCCGAUUCGCUGCUUCGCCAAGUCCCGUCCGUCGACGAGCGUCUCCAGAAGCACCGAAUCUACACCGAGCCGAAGCGGCGCAGCUUCAUCUACGACCACGUCGAGGCUAUGGACCUCUGCUCGCACCCCGACUGGCAACUCAUCCAUGGCUUCACGGCUUGGCCCGGUCCGCGACCUGGCAUCCUCUACCCGCUCUUCGUCUCGACCACUACCUCGAUGCACUCCGACCUCCUCGUUCCGCCUAUCGACCAAUACGACCGCCCGAAGGGCAACGAUCCGGCGUGGGAGGAGAAGAAGUUCAACAAGGUCAUCUGGCGAGGGACGACGACGGGCGCGGAUCUCAACGUCGAGCAUCAUCGCCAAUGGAGUCAGAGGCCACGACUGUGCCGAUUCCCGUUCCAGUCCGGCUCCGUCAAGCUGCCUUUCGCUCCAGCUGACAAGCCUUCUCGCCCCGGCCCCGUCUCGACCCUCGUCUCGCGCGCCCAAGCUCUUGCACAAGAAUGGUUCGACUUUGCUUUCCUCGGCAGCGCGCGCCAAUGCGACGACCCGAAAGUCUGCGCCGAGUUCGAAAAGGACUUUCUCUGGUCCGACUGGGUUAGCGAGAGCGAGCAGAACGAGUACAAGUACAUGCUCGACGUCGAUGGGAACGGCUGGUCCGGACGCUUCCAUCGCCUCAUGAGCACCAACUCGCUCGUCCUCAAGUCCACCAUUUUCCCCGAGUGGUAUUCGGACAUGAUCCAGCCCUGGGUCCACUACGUCCCCAUCCAGAUCGACUUCAGCGACCUGUGGACGACGAUGGCCUUCUUCCUCGGCGACGAGUACGGCAAGGGCGCUCACGACGAGAUCGCCAAGGAAAUCGCUCUCGCAGGCAAGGACUGGACGGAGAAGCAUUGGCGCUGGGUCGACAUGGAGGUGUACACUUACAGGCUCAUGCUCGAGUACGCGCGCAUCAUGAACCGAGACGAGGACGACCCGACGUCUUGGGACUUGUAG